GCUGCCGCUGCCACCUCCCUCUCCCCCCGGCCCCCCGCCCUCGCUGUCGCCCGCUCGCUCGCGGCCCGCCGAGCGAUGAGCGCCCCUCCGCUCCUGCGGCCGCCCAGCCCGCUGCUGCCCGUGGCCGCCGCGCUGGUCCCGGGAUCGGGGCCCGGGCCCGCGCCGCUCCUGGCUCCGCUGGCUGUCCCGGCGGGGGGCAUCUCGUUCCAUCUGCAGAUCGGCCUGAGCCGCGAGCCCGUCCUGCUACUGCAGGACUCGUCCGGGGACUACAGCCUGGCGCACGUCCGCGAGAUGGCUUGCUCCAUCGUGGACCAGAAGCGCGUCCCUGUCGCCGGAUUCCCCCUUCCUGCACCAGAGUUCCCCCGGGACGCGCUCUGCACAUUUUCAGCCUUCUCUCCCAGCUCUGAUGGAUGCUGAAGAGUUCCUGGAGUGGCCUGCAGACCAGGAAUUUCUCACCUGUCAAUUAAGCUUUUAAGAAGGGCUGAUUGACAUGCCAGCUGUGAAAACUGAACCCAGACCAACCACCCCAGUCCUUGCUCUUUUGGUCCCACCUCUGUGUGAGCAUGGAAACAAAUGUUCCAGCAAUAA